AUGGCUAACGAUUACAAUUCCGCAUGCUGUAAUACCCCGGCUGCGGAGGUCGGCGAAUACACGCUCAAAGGCUCAUGGACCGAGAUCAAUGGGAUCAAAUCGUAUAUAACCGGACCCCCCAGUGCCAGUAAAGCCAUUGCCCUGGUCUAUGAUAUCUUUGGUUAUUGUCCCCAGACCUGUCAAGGUGCAGACAUACUCGCUACGCAAGGGAUCGAGCCGUACCUUGUUUUCGUCCCCGACUUUAUUGGCUCUGAUCGGGCAGCGAGGCACGAAUGGUUCUUACCCGGCGCCGACCAAAAGCCCUUCCGUGACCUGUUGGCGAUCAUCACAUCGAAGCAGAUGAUGGCAGACAUUCACGCGACAGUCCAUGCGUUAAGGUCCGACGAGCAAUACAGACAUGUGCAGAGAUGGGCCGGAGUCGGCCUUUGCUGGGGUUCCAAGGGUGUCAGUCUCAUUGCGACCGAGGGAGAGCAGUCAUUGCUGGACGUGACGGCUCACACGUCGCCGUCGAGACUCGAUCCGGAAGAAGCCAAGACAGUCACGGUCCCGACUUUAAUGCUGGCGUCGAAAUCGGAGGACGAGGCCCUUGUGAAGAGCUAUUGCGACAAUCUGAAAGGCCCCAAAUAUCUCGAGAGAUUUAACGAGGUCCAUGGAUGGAUGUCGGCGAGGGCGAAACUUGACCAAGAGCCCAGGAGAAAGGAGUACGAGAGAGGAUAUAAACUUGUUCUCGAGUGGUUGGCAAAGUAUCUCUAG